UGAUUGUUGGCUCAUUUAUUAUAUUCAAUUACAAAUUAAAUCAAGUAAAACAUUUUGAGAUACUAAAAUAAUUUAUAUCCAAAUUUGUCGUUUCUAUUCGAGUUUAUAUUUAAAACAUUGAUCAAGAUGGUUAUGCCAGGAAUGACAAUAGAAAGUUUAAAAAAACACAAAUCUUUGAUACCAUUAUUUGCUUGUCUUGGAGUGGGAAUGACUGGUGCAGUACUUUACCUUGCACGUUUAGCACUAAAAAAUCCUGAAGUAACAUGGCAUCCUAAAAAUAACCAAGCACCUUGGGAAGAUUAUAAACAAAAAUCCUAUAAGUUUUAUUCAACUUCAAAAGAACCACCAGUCAGCCCAGCACCUAAAUAUUAGAAUCAUAACAUAUGCAAAGUAUAAUUUCAGAGUCGUACUCAUAUUAGAUUAAUUUUAUGUUAUGAGUUUUUAUUUGUAUAAAUAAUUUUCCAUCAGAUAAUACCAAUAGAUCCUAAAAUACAUGUUCUAUUAAUAUUGGCCAAUUAAUAAAAUUAAAUAAUUAAAAAAAAUAAUUUGUUUUAUAUAGUGCGCAAAACAAUUGUUUUUGCUUAAAGUUAAUUAAGAUAUUUUUUUGGUAAAAAUUCUACUUGGAUACAUAAAAAAAAAAAAAUUUCUGAACAAUAUU